UCCAUUAAUUAGCUUGCCUACUCAAUAGUCAUCAUGCGACAGAGGUUGCCUAUAAAGCAUAAAACUCAUCCUCCUGAACAUAAACAUAUAACCUACCUUCCCUCAUGCCAUUGCUUCGGGAUUGAGUCGUAGAAGAAUCCCUUCUUGCAUAUGAUUGCCUUCUCAUUCUAGCCAUUCAAGAAAUGGUAGGACAAUCAAGAAAAUGGAUGAUUUUGGCAGCAAGUGUGUGGAUACAGGCAUUUACAGGAACAAAUUUGGACUUUUCGUCCUACUCUUCAGAUUUAAAAUCUGUUCUAGGCAUUUCACAGGUUCAGUUGAACAAUCUGUCCAUGGCAUCAGACAUGGGCAAAGCCUUUGGAUGGUGUUCUGGAGUCUGUCUCAAGUAUUUGCCAUUAUGGGUUGUCAUCUUUCUUGCAGCUUUCAUGGGAUUUCUUGGUUAUGGCCUCCAAUGGCUUGUCAUCCAAGGACACAUCUCCUUGCCUUAUUCCCUAGUAAUCCUCUUGAGUUUGCUUGCGGGUUGUAGCAUCUCCUGGUUCAACACAGUCUGUUAUGUCUUGUGCAUAAACAACUUUCCUGCUAACAGGCCACUGGCAUUGUCCCUCAGCAUCAGUUUUAAUGGUGUAACUGCAGCUUUAUAUAAGCUCAUUGUCAAUGCCAUCAACUCCACUGAUAGCGCAUUAUAUCUCCUUCUUAAUGCUAUCAUGCCACUUAUUGCUUCAAUAGGCAUCGUUGCUUUGGUCCUCCAGCAACACCCUCCUCAAGCCCUUUCCGGUGGUGCUAUUCAUCGCGAGUCCUGUGUUUUUCUCCGUCUAGUUAUCCUAGCAGCUUGUACCGGUGUAUAUCUUCUAGUCCUUGAUACAGAAUCAGUAACUAGCAGUGCUUCCACGCUUGGUGCAAUAUUAUUCCUAAUCCUGCUACUAAUUACCACCAGAAUUUUUUGCGCUCGGGAAUGGGCUCAAAGAACAGAGAAUUCAAGCAUCGAAUUACAGGGCACAAGUUUCAAUUCAGUUGACUUAGGAGAUCUUGAUAUUAAACAAAAACUUGUGGAAAUUGAGGACUCAAGCAGUCCCUUGACACGCAGCAAUGGAAAUGCGUAUGAUCCAGAAGAGAAGAGAUCCUGCUGUGAUCAAAAGUUCUUCAAAGAUCGUUUGUCAAUGCUAGGAGAAGAGCACUCAGUAAGGUUGCUCAUCCAUCGACUGGACUUUUGGUUAUACUACUUGGCAUACUUCUGUGGUGGAACACUAGGAAUUGUUUAUGGUAACAAUCUUGGCCAAAUUGCACAAUCACUUGGAUAUGGCUCACAGAUAAGUUCAUUUGUAUCUCUGUACUCUGCUUGCUCAUUCUUUGGACGUCUGCUUUCUGCCAUUCCAGACUUGCUGGGAGACAACAUGUAUUACCCAAGAACUGGAUGGCUUGUGCUAGGACUGGUUCCAACACCAAUUGCAUUUCUUUUGCUUGUUUCAUCAGGCAGCCAGACAGCACUGAGAACUGCCACAGCCUUCAUUGGAUUAAGUUCUGGUUUUAUUGUUACAGCAGCAGUUUCAAUGACAGCAGAAUUGUUUGGACCUGUCAGUACUGGAGUCAAUCAUAACAUUCUUAUAACCAAUAUCCCUCUGGGAUCACUUCUUUAUGGUCUUCUUGCUGCCUUGCUAUACCAAAGAAACAUAAGGAGCUCAAAUUUGCUGGUUUUAAUGGAUGGAUCAACGGUAUGCAUCGGUAGGCAAUGUUACAGUGAGACUUUUGCCUGGUGGAGCUUUAUUUCUAUGUUUGGUGUUGCUUCGGGUUAUUUGCUUUUCCUUAGAACUAGAGCUGUUUAUAGUCUUGAGAGGAACAGAAAUUGGAUGCAGUACCCUUAAUUCACAACCUUGACCCCCAUAAUCGUAUAUGUAUUGAAAUUAGAAGAUCACCAGGGGAUUUUGAGAUCA